AUGGCUUCAGAUUCAGAAAACUCAGACAGUGAAUCUUUAGUCAGUGAUUCAGAGAAUUCAGAAAUGGGUGAUAGGCUAGUUAAAGAUUUGUGGAUUCCUCAAAAUGUUGCUGUGAAUGUGGCACAACCCGUCAUUCUGGCUAACAAUUUUGAGCUCAAGCCAGCACUAAUUUCUAUGGUGGAGCAUUCUCAAUUUAGUGGCUCAGCUUUGAAUGAUCCUCAUGAACACAUAAACCAAUUUCUUGAGUAUUGCAAUACUGUGAAGAUGAAUGGAGUGCCAGCUGAUGCUAUAAGAUUGCAAUUGUUUCCUUUUUCUCUCAGAGAUGGUGCAAAGUUGUGGUUGAAUGCCCUGCCCCUUGCUCAAAAAAAUAAUUGGGACAGUCUUAUGCAGGCAUUCUUUGAGAAAUAUUUUCCCCCUCUCAAGGCUGCAGAAUACAAAGCAAAGACAAAUGCUUUUGAGCAAUUUAGUGAUGAGAGUUUGCAUGAUGCUUGGAAUAGGUAUCAGUCCUUGCUUAAGAUGUGCCCUAAUCAUGGUUUGGAAAGGUGGCUUGUGCUGCAAACAUUCUAUAAAGGAUUAAUGCCUAGUACCAGAUCUUAUGUGGAUUCAUCUACAAGAGGAGGAGGAAUAAUGAACAAAACUUUGAAUGAAGCUUUUACUCUGAUUAAAAGUAUGGCUGCUCAUGAUGUGCAGUGGACAAGUGAGAGAUCUACAGCUCCUCAGAAGCCUGGAAUGCAUCAAAUCUCUUCAACAGAUGCUCUAGCAGCUAAGUUAGAAAUUAUGAAUAAAAAUAUGAGCCAGAUGCAAGCUAGCAUUCUUUCUUCUAUUAAGUCAGUAGGGUCAGUUGCAUCCUCAAUUGCACAAUCAGCUCAAGUGUGUAGUAUUUGUGGAGUACCAGGUCAUGAUGGAGAAUGUGCUGGAUAUGCAACUACAGAAUCUUCAGCUCAGCCAGUUUCUGAAGUUAACUAUACUCAAUCUCAAGCUCAACAACAAGUUCAGUAUUCACCUAGGAGUGAUGGCAUGACUGCUAUUGAGAAGUUGAUGGAGAAGCAAAUGGAGAUGAUGACUAAUAUCUAUAUACCACCUCAACUAAGAACAGAGAAGGCUAUAGAAAAUGUUGCUGAGAAAGAUGUUCAGAAGGAAAAUGAAUCAAGAAGCAAUGAGUCAGUGACUGAUGAAACAAUUCAGAAGGCAAAGAUGAAGCUUCCUUCCCCUGAGAAAAAUGAUCAGUUAAAAGAAGAGAAGCAAUAUGCCAAGUUCUUAGAUAUGAUGAAACAGGUUCAAGUCACAAUUCCUAUACUUGAGGCAGUCCUUCAUGUGCCCAUGUAUGCUAGAUUUUUCAAGGAAUUGUUGACAAAGAAGAGGAGUUUAGAUGAACCAGAAAUUGUCACUUUAACAAAAAUGCAGAGCUAUGAUUUUAAAUCAAAUGCCACAGAAGCUUGA